UAUGCCGUAGGUCAUGGGUAAGCCUAUGGAUUGGCCUCCUUUUUGGUCAGUAGUGGCAGGGCAGGGGAUAUUAGGAAUCUUCAUAAGGUUGAACCUCAACAGAGACUAUGAUGAGAGGGAGAUAUUCCCCAGAAGGUGGCCGGAGAAGGGAGAGCAGGCAUUCUGAAGCUUUGCUGAAUGGGGUGUGUAUCUCCUUUCUUGGUGACUUGGAAAUAUGCGAGGACAUUUUUGAAAUUUAUUUGGGGCCCUGAAUUAAUAUAUUUAUUCUAGAUGUUUAUCUAUGCUAUUUGGAUUUUCUAUAAAAGAAGGCUGUAUCAGGCAUUUCAUUUAAAUUUUGCUUCUCCCAAUCUACAUGAAAUUUUAAAGGCAUGUUAUUAAUUGGUCUUCCAUUCAAGACAACUCAGAAUAUAGAAAUGUCAUGGCAUACCUAACUCUUUUAAUCUAUAGAGAAGCAUCUGCUAUUUUGAUCAUCUCUUCCUUAUUUGAAAAUGUUCCCCUUUCCCCAAACUGUCGGUUUGAUCAGACUACUCAGUUGCCCCAGCGUCAAGAAGAGAAACUGAAGAAUAAUAACAGAGAUCUAUCAAUGGUUCGAAUGAAAUCCAUGUUUGCAAUUGGCUUUUGUUUUACUGCCCUAAUGGGAAUGUUUAAUUCUAUAUUUGAUGGUAGAGUGGUGGCAAAGCUCCCUUUCACCCCCCUUUCCUACAUCCAAGGACUGUCUCAUCGAAAUCUGCUGGGGGACGAUACCACAGACUGUUCCUUCAUCUUCCUGUAUAUUCUCUGUACCAUGUCAAUUCGACAGAACAUCCAGAAGAUCCUUGGCCUUGCCCCUUCACGAGCCGCCACCAAGCAGGCAGGUGGAUUUCUUGGCCCUCCACCUCCUUCUGGGAAAUUCUCUUGAAUUUAAGAAGAACCCUAUAAUUCCUGUCAUUCUUUUUAGACACUCAAAUAAGACCGGCAACUAUUUUGUAGCAAGAGCCAUAGGCAGCCUUAGCACUUGGGCCACUUUCUAAUUUUGAGUUAUUUCUAGGUUUUUUUGGAUAUGAUUCGAAUGAGAAUGGCACUCAACAAACAUGAUAGUGCUUUUGGUCACAGAUUAAUUUUUUUUAAACAAGUGUUUUGAUUAGAUAAGCACAGGUGAUGUUUAUGUAAUGAGAAACAAAUUCUUAUUUUGCUUACACAAAUAUUUCUGUGGGAUCAACUUUCAAGUAUGUGCUGUGUGCCAUGUACCAUGGAAGUUGGCUCUCUAUGAGCAUUUAGAGAUCUGGAAGAAAAAUUUAGUUUAUGUAACUCUUAUUUGGAACAAUUUGUUGUGUGUUUUUUUCAACCCAAAUAUAUGACCUGAGAUCAAUAAAAGAGGCCAAAAUUUUAGCUAUUUCAUCUACAAGGA